AUGUACAGUCUCUCUCUUCGCCUGCAGCUUCACUCGGACGUGGACAAAGGCGACGGUAAAGUCAAGUACGUGCUGACGGGGGAAGGCUCCUCGUCCAUCUUCACCAUUGACGAGAACACGGGAGACAUCCACGCCACCAAACGCCUGGACCGCGAAGCCCAGGCCUACUACACGCUGCAGGCUCAGGCCGUGGACCGUCUCACCAACGUCCCCGUGGAGCCCAGGUCCGAGUUCGUGGUGAAGGUCCAGGACAUCAACGACAACGAGCCCAAGUUCCUGGACGGACCUUACCUGGCCGGAGUGCCCGAGAUGUCUCCUCUGGGAACCAUGGUGGUACAAGUGGCAGCCACGGACGCUGACGACCCGACCUACGGGAACAGUGCCAGGGUGGUCUACAGCAUCAUCCACGGACAGCCCUACUUCUCUGUGGAGCCCAAGACCGCUGAUCCCACCGCCGCCAACCGCAGCUACGUUUUUUUACCAUAA